GCAGCACUUCCGGGUUGGGAGUGAGGCGGCGCCAGUUUCGGAAGGAAUAAAAUGGAAGGAGAAGCGAGCAGAUUUGAAAUCCAUACUCCAGUUUUUGACAAGAAAAAGAAAAAGAAGCAUUGUGUACAUAAGGAAAGACAUGAGAAACAUUCCCAAGAAAGUUUCAGAGACUCCUCCCUGAUAAGUGAACAGCCUCAAAUAACUAAGAGUAAAAAGAAAAGAAAAGAUUUCCAAAUUCUGGUUUCUUCUCCUUUGAAAAAAUCAAAACUCUGUGAUGAGACUGGAAGGGCCACUUCUACACAUAAAAAGAAGAAAAAGAAAAGAACUAGUGCUUUGGGGGUAGACAAGGAGAUAGGUGUUACAUGUGUCCGUGUGGAUAAAGAAAACAUUGAGAACAUGCCAAAGAAUUCUAAAAAGGGUGAUGAUGCUGUUGAUGUUGGUAAGAACAUGAAACAAAAGUUGACAAAACAGCCGAAAGCAGACAAGCUGCAUGUAGUUGCUAAGUCACAUAAAAACGAAUCAGAAGAACUGCACUAUAAAGUUAGAAAGAAAAAGUCUAAAAAUCGUCACAGGGAAGUUGCCUCCUGUACUGCCCUACAGGAAAGCCAGCAUACAAGUAUCACCCUGCCCCAGCUGGAAUCUCAUGAGCAGGAAUCCUGGCCUUCUGUGAGCCAAGAAGGCAAAAUUACAGAACUACCAAUAUCUGCUGAUAAAAACAAGUCGAAGAAAAAAAAGGCCAAAUCCAGUAACCAGGAAUUCAAGGCAUCGGCCAUGCCUGAGAAUCUUGUGAGUGUGCACUCUGCAGGAUCACUAGUGGUCAGUGAGGUUGGCGCUGUGGAAAGCAGUGAUGUCCUUACGGGGGUCACGGAAUCCAGUAGUGCAAAGAAAAAGGGUAAGAAAAGGAAGCACGCUUCUGUCGAAAGUGCCGUGGCGUCCAGUGGUGAGUUUUCUGUGCUCAGUAGGAACUCUGAGAACUCUGACUCACUGGAAAGUGGCAGUGCCUUGAUCAAAGGAAGGGUGAAGCCCAGGCCACAAAAGAAGAAAGCCCGGGCCUGUGCAGCAGACGGGCAUGUGGAAGAGGUGUGCAGCUUAGAACCUACAAAUGAAGAAGACGACAAUUUAGAGUCAGCUAAAGAUUCUGAAACAAAACAUUCAUCUGAAGAUUGGAGGGAUGCAAGUGAUUUGGAUAUGGAUUUGGAUUCUGCCGUGAAGCAGCUCCAAGAAUUCAUUCCUAACAUAAAGGAAAGGGCUGCCACUACGAUUAAACGGAUGUAUCGGGAUGACUUGGGGCGAUUUAAAGAAUUUAAAGCACAAGGUGUCACUAUUAAAUUUGGCAAGUUUUCUGUCAAGGAAAAUAAGCAGUUAGAGAAAAACGUGCAAGAAUUUCUGGCCCUGACAGGAAUUGAGAGUGCAGAUAAGCUGCUCCACACAUACAGAUACCCAGAGGAAAAAUCUAUGAUCACUGACUUAAAAAGGAAAUACUCAUUUAGAUUGCACAUUGGUAAGGACAUUGCCCGACCCUGGAAACUCAUAUACUACAGAGCAAAGAAGAUGUUCGAUGUCAAUAAUUACAAAGGCAGAUAUAGCGAAGCAGACACCAAGAAGUUAAAGAUGUACCAUUCUCUCCAUGGAAAUGACUGGAAAAAGAUUGGAGAGAUGGUGGCCCGAAGUAGCCUCUCUGUGGCCCUGAAGUUCUCCCAGAUCAGCGCUGAAAGAAACCACGGUGCUUGGAGUAAGAAAGAAACCCAGAAAUUAAUUAAGGCUGUUGAAGAAGUGAUUCUAAAGAAAAUGUCUCACCAGGAGUGGGAUGAGGUUGAUUCCAGACUUCAAGAAAACCCUGAAGAUCGCCUGUCAGUUGUUCGGGAGAAGCUUUACAGGGGCAUAUCUUGGGUAGAAGUAGAAGCUAAAGUGGAAACCAGAAAUUGGAUGCAGUGUAAAAGUAAGUGGACAGAAAUUCUAACCAAGAGGAUGACUAAUGGCCAGAACAUAUACCGAGGAGUUAAUGGCCUACAGGCCAAAAUCAAUCUUAUUGAAAGGUUAUAUGAAGAAGAUGUGGAAGAUGCUAAUGAAAUAGACUGGGAAGAUCUUGCCAGUGCCAUAGGGUGCAGAAUGAGCACGUGUUGCUGGUGCACACCAGGCGGCCUUUCCACCGUUGACUUCCUGAAGUGCUAUGCAUCUAAGGUCCAACCCAGUGAAUUUCAGACAGCUGAUGAAGACCUCUGCUACUGCUUAGAGUGUGUGGCUGAAUACCACAAAGCAAGAGAUGAAUUACCAUACUUGCAUGAGGUUUUAUGGGAAUUGGAAACCUCACGUCUGGUAAAUCACUUUGAAAAAUCCAUGAAAGCAGAAAUUGGCGAUGAUGAUGAAUUAUAUAUAGUAGACAAUAAUGGAGAGGCACAGUUGUUUGACUUUACUGGCCAAGACUUUGAAAAUAAGCUUCGAGUUCCUCUUCUUGAAAUACUCAAAUAUCCAUACCUGCUUCUACAUGAACGUGUUAAUGAAUUAUGUGUUGAAGCACUUUGUCGGAUGGAACAAGCCAAUUGCUCCUUUCAGGUUUUUGACAAACAUCCUGGGAUCUAUUUGUUUUUGGUACAUCCCAAUGAAAUGGUUCGGCGCUGGGCUAUCCUGACUGCAAGAAACUUGGGGAAAGUGGACAGAGAUGAUUAUUAUGACUUACAGGAUGUUUUAACUUGCCUUUUUAAAGUCAUUGAGUUAGGACUUUUAGAAAGUCCAGAUAUUUAUACUACUUCUGUCCUUGAGAAGGGUAAACUGAUUCUUCUGCCCUCGCACAUGUAUGAUACUACCAACUACAAAAACUACUGGUUAGGUAUUUGCAUGCUGUUGACUAUUCUUGAGGAGCAAGCCAUGGAUUCUCUGUUGUUGGGCUCGGAUAAACAAAAUGAUUUUAUGCAGUCAAUACUUCACACUAUGGAGAGACAAUCAGAUGAUGAUAGUGUGGAUCCUUUUUGGCCAGCAUUACACUGUUUCAUGGUGAUUCUGGAUCGCCUGGGAUCUAAGGUCUGGGGUCAACGUAUUGACCCUAUUGAGGCAUUGCAAACCAUUAUCAACAAUGGGAGCUACAAUAGAGAGAUCCAGAACAUCCGAAAUAGUUCUGUGAGGACCAAGAUAGAACCGGAGUCAAAUUUGGAUGAUAUGGUGACUUGCAGUCAGAUGGUAUACAAUUAUAAUCCUGAAAAGACCAAAAAGGAUUCUGGAUGGAGAUCUGCCAUUUGCCCAGAUUAUUGUCCUAACAUGUAUGAAGAAAUGGAAACAUUAGCCAAUGUGCUUCAGUCAGAUAUCGGUCAAGACAUGCGUGUUCAUAACAGCACAUUUCUGUGGUUCAUACCUUUUGUUCAGUCCCUCAUGGAUCUUAAGGAUUUGGGUGUUGCUUACAUAGCAGAGGUUAUUCAUCACCUGCAUUCUGAAGUCAAAGAUGUACUCAACCAAACAGAUGCUCUGUGUGACAAAGUCACCGAAUUUUUUCUUCUAAUUUUGGUAUCAGUGAUUGAACUGCACAGAAAUAAAAAAUGUUUGCAUUUGCUGUGGAUUAGUUCCCAGCAGUGGGUGGAAGUAGUUGUGAAAUGUGCCAAACUUCCUACCGCUGCAUUUGCACGGAGUUCUGAGAAGUCAUCUGGAAAUUGCUCCAAAGGAACAGCAAUUAUCUCAUCACUGUCAUUGCAUUCAAUGCCAUCUAACUCUGUACAACUUGCUUGUGUGCAGCUGAUUAGAAGUCUCCUUAAAGAAGGUUAUCAGCUUGGGCAGCAAACUAUUUGUAAGCGAUUUUGGGAUAAGCUUAACUUACUCCUUCGGGGAAAUUUAUCACUAGGUUGGCAGUUGACCAGUCAGGAGACCCAUGAGUUACAAGCUUGUUUAAAGCAAAUUAUUAGAAACAUAAAAUCAAAAGUACCUCCAUGUAGCACUGUGGUGGAUCUGAGUCUGGCAGGUAAAACCCCUCUUGCAUCUUAUAAUAAAGAAAAAAGUGAAGAAACAGGGAAGAAAUCAAUAAAAGAUAUUCAUUAUGUGGAAAAUUCCAGCCCAGCAUUUUCUAAAGAACCAAUGAAAGGUGAUCUAUAUCAAGUGCCAGAGAGUACAUUGAUCAAAGCAAGUAGCACUAUGGAUGAGCAUGAUGAGGAUGAUUAUAUUAUAAAGGAUUUGAAACUAGAAGACCAUCUCUCAGCUGAGUCAUGUUUAAAGCAGAGUAGUAAAAGCCUUUGUACUGAAAAAGCUAAAACUCGAGUUAAAGUAAGUAGAGGGAAGCAGAAGUCUGUAAAAGAGAAUUCCUCGUAUACGCCACAGAAUUGUAUUUCAAGAAAUGGCCCAGAAAAGGGAAGUGACAGAGGAAUAAUCAUACCGACACAUUUGUUGACUGAUUCUAGUGCUGAAUCUCUGGAGAAAGUGUCUACAUCAAAUGAGGAUUUCUCUUUAAAGGAUGAUACUCUUGGUAAACCCUCAAAACCAAAAACUAAGGCACAGAAAGAUGAAAUCUGUGCAAAAUUAUCACAUGUAAUAAAGAAGCAACACAGGAAAAGUACUUUGGUCAGUAAUGCUAUCAGUUUAGAGGAAAAUCUGACUGCAUCUAACCCUGAGAGUUUCCAUUCAAGGAAGGAUACAGGGGCCGGCUUUAUACACAACCUGUCUGUAGAUCCUAAUGGCAUUCUGGAUGAUAAUAAAAAUGGAAAACAAAAUUCUAUAAACAGUUUGUUACCAAAAAAGAAACAAUUAAAGAAUGAAGAGUUAGAUAUUUUCUCUUCACAUGAAAACAGUUGUAAAAUACAGAAAUGUCAUCUUGAUGAUAAAGAUUUGGUCUCAUUUACAGAAAUGACCAAUACUUUAGUGAAGAAAAUGUCUCCCUUUAAAGAUCCAGUGACUGUACUUGAAUCAAGAGAGAAGGAAACGAGUAAGAGUUUUGAUCUGGUUUCUUCUAACCUGACAGGAGAACAGGCACCUGAUAUCAGUGCUAAAUUUGAUAUCUUAACGGAUUCUCAGGUAGACAGAGACCUCCACAAAUUAUCUUUAAUAGCUCAAGCCAGUGUUACUAAGUUUCCAUCAGAUUCAACUCAAAAAAGCCCAUCCCAAUUCCAAAGAAAAGUAAAAGAUGAUAAAAGAUGUUUCACAACUAACCAGAAUAAUGUCAGAGACACCAGCCAUGGACAAGUUAUUAUUAUCUCGGAUUCUGAUGAUGAUGAUGAUGAAAGAGUUCUGGGUCUUGAGAAACACAUUAAACAGGACAAAUUAUGCAUUAAGAAAGAAUGUCCAGAGCCGUGUGUUUCAAUAGUUAAUAGUAAUGUGGAAAAGAAGCUAAUCAAGGAAGAAAAAACAAAGCCUUUUUUGGAUGUUGAGGAAUCUGAAUCUCAAUCUUUUGAGUUUGAAAGUUCAUCUGAAAUGUUUUCUGUUUGGCAAGAUCAUAAAUUAAACAAGAAUUCAGUUCAGGAGGAAGAAAAAAAGUCGUGUUUGACUCACAUGUCUGAUAUCACAAACGAUUGGGGCUAUGAUACAGAUUAUGUACCUGAAGAAGUUACUAAAAAAGUAGAGAGCAUUAAAGGACACAAAGAACCACAGAGUACUUCUGUUGACAAAAUUUGUGAAAUUGAAGUAAAAAAGCCUAGGAGAAAACGAUCUGAAAAAAUAAUGUCUGAAGAUCCUCUAAGGCCUUCAUCUUCUGUCAGAAAUGAAGACCAGUCUCAUACUCCUACUGAGAGAGAGAUUCCUGAAAAUGAUUUUAAAAAAAGUAUAGACACAAAGCCUACAACUUCCAGUUCAAGUAUUCAGAGAGCCUCUGCGGUUACACCAAAGAAGUCUUCACCAAAGCCUCAUCAUUCAGAACCCGUUAGGAGAGGUCCACUUCCUAAAACCUCUAAGAAAGCACAUUCAGAUGCCAAAAAAGGACAGAGUAAAAAUAUAAAUUACUUAAGUUGUAGGACAACUCCUGCAAUAGUGCCAGCAAAGAAACCUCGCACCUGUCCUGAGCCAUCCUCAACAGUUGAGAAACUUGGUCUGAAAAAGGGUCCUCGUAAAGCAUUUGAGUUGUCCCAGGAUUCUUUAAAAUGUUUAGCUCAGUUACGUCAUCAUGGCAAAAGUGUUGGAGUAAUUGAUACCAGAAAAAAGACUAAAUUAAUUUCUCCUCAGACUCUCACUGUCAAAAAUAACAAGAAACUCUUAACCAGUCAAGAUCUGCAGUUGCAAAGGCCCCUGAGAUCCAAAUCCAAAAAAAAUAGACAAGGUCUUUUUGAUUGUGAAAGUACAGGUACCAUAAGAGCAGGACCACAGACAGCACAGAAUUCUGACAAGCUUGUACCAGAAUCUGAUAGAUCGGAUCAUACAGGAAGAACUGAGACACUUGCCGACAGUAGUGGAAGACAGUUAGUAAAAAGCACAUCUUCUGAACCAGAAACCGUAAAAGCAAACUCUGUGUCUCAGGCAACUGAUGAUGCUUGUCUUUUGAACCAGUGUAAUUCUGUAGCGUUAAAUGGAAGAAUACCAACAAAUGAAACACUCGUCUCUCCUGCAGAGGACCCUUCAGGUGGACGCAAUCUAACAGUACGUCAUACAAAGGUGGCAAAUUUGAAAGUGGGAGAACCUGAAUCUGACAGUGAUACAGAGGCAGAUAAUUUAUUUUUAACACAAAAUGAUCCUGAAGAUAUGGAUUUGUGUUCACAAGUAGAGAAUAAUAAUGGUAAACUCAUUGAACUAGUUUUUGGAAAGAAUACAGUUGAGGUGGAAGAAGGUUCUGUAAGUCGGCCUCAGUUGGAAUCUUUGAGUGGCUCAAAGUGUAAGUACAAAGAUUGUGUUGAAAUCACGAAAAACCAGAGUGAAUACUGCUCAAAACACUGUGAAGCUAAAGCAGCAGAUGAAGAUGUAUUUCGUAAACCUGGCUUGCCUCUUUCUGCAUCUAAACCUUCAAGACCUUCCACUACUAAGAUUUUUAGCUCAAGUAGUACUUCGCGAAUUGCUAAUCUUUCCAAGACUUUGGAAAGUACUUCAGCACUAAAAAAUAAGCCAAAUGGGGUGCAACAGCCAUUUACUCCAACAUCUCUAAAGCCAAUGGGGGAAAUGAAGAUUCCGUACAAUAUUCUUCAUUCUCAGACUCCAAAUAAUUCUGGCAGGCAAGGUUAUAAACUUCCUUUUGGUGAGAACAGAUCUUUUCCAACUUCCUCUCCAGUAAACAUCAUGUUGUCUUCACAGUCCCUCUCUGACACCUUUGUUAAAGAGGUGUUAAAAUGGAAGUAUGAAAUGUUUUUGAACUUUGAUCAGUGUGGGCCCCCUGCAAGUCUUUGUCAGUCCAUCUCAAGACCUGUGCCUGUCAGAUUUCAAGAUUGUGGAGAUUAUUUUAAUGUCUUUUUCCCUUUGAUGGUACUGAAUACUUUUGAAACAGUGGCACAGGAAUGGCUCAGCUCUCACAAUAAAGAGAUUUUCUAUCGGUUGAAUUUACGAAAAUUUCCUGCUGAUUAUAAAAAAUGCUGGGAAUUUGUAGUUUACCUGGAGGAAGUUGAUCUGGCUAAACAGCUUCAUCCAAAGGAAAAUGAUUUGGUGUUUUUGGUUCCUGAGAGACAAAAUGGAGAGAAGAAAGAUACAGAGAGAAAUUGCACGAAGGAUCUCUAUGAAUAUUACUGUGGUUAUGUUCACAAGUUUCGGCGUACUUCAGUCAUGCGUAAUGGGAAAUCUGAGUGUUGCCUUUCCAUCCAGACUCAAGAUAACUUGCCAGCCAAGUUAAAUGAAUUUGUGACGUGUAUUGUAAUCAGUUCUCUAGUAACUACACAAAGGAAAUUGAAAGCCAUGUCUCUGUUAAGUGGUCGGAACCAACUGGCUAGAGCGGUUCUAAAUCCAAACCCCAUGGACUUCUGUACAAAAGAUUUACUAACUACAACGUCUGAGAGAAUUAUUGCCUACUUAAGAGAUUUUAAUGAAGACCAAAAGAAAGCAAUAGAAACUGCAUAUGCCAUGGUGAAGCACUCACCAUCAGUUGCCAAAAUCUGCCUGAUUCAUGGUCCACCUGGAACAGGAAAAUCAAAAACUAUUGUUGGCCUCCUGUACCGCUUGCUGACAGAGACCCAGAGACGGGGGCAUUCGGAUGAAAACUCCAAUGCCAAAAUCAAACAGAACCGGGUCCUCGUGUGUGCACCUUCCAAUGCAGCUGUGGAUGAACUAAUGAAAAAAAUUAUCCUUGAAUUCAAAGAAAAGUGUAAAGAUAAGAAGAAUCCUUUGGGAAACUGUGGAGAUAUAAAUUUAGUACGACUGGGUCCAGAAAAGUCUAUUAAUAAUGAAGUUCUAAAAUUCAGUUUGGACAGCCAGGUUAACCACAGAAUGAAAAAAGAUUUACCUUCUCAUGUUCAAGAGAUGCAUAGAAGAAAGGAGUUUCUAGAUCGCCAACUAGAUGAGCUUUCCCGGCAGCGAGCUUUAUGCCGAGGUGGACGGGAGAUACAGAGGCAAGAAUUAGAUGAAAAAAUUGCCAAAGUUUCAAAAGAAAGGCAGGAACUUGCUUCUAAAAUUAAGGAGGUUCAAGGACGCCCACAGAAAACACAGAGUAUCAUCAUACUAGAAUCUCAUAUCAUCUGCUGCACAUUGAGCACAAGUGGUGGUUUACUGCUAGAGUCUGCUUUUCGAGGGCAAGGGGGUGUUCCCUUCAGUUGUGUCAUUGUUGAUGAGGCUGGGCAAUCUUGUGAAGUUGAGACUCUGACUCCGCUCAUCCAUCGCUGCAACAAGCUGAUCCUAGUAGGAGACCCUAAACAGCUCCCCCCAACAGUCAUUUCGAUGAAAGCACAGGAGUGUGGCUAUGACCAGUCGAUGAUGAAAGCACAGGAGUACGGCUAUGACCAGUCGAUGAUGGCUCGCUUCUACAAACUGCUGGAAGAGAAUGUAGAGCACAAUGUGAUUAGCAGGCUGCCCGUUUUACAGCUCACCAUUCAGUACAGGAUGCAUCCAGACAUAUGUCUCUUCCCGUCUAGUUAUGUUUAUAACAGAAACUUGAAAACAAAUAGACUGACAGAAGCCAUUCGGUGUUCAGCAGACUGGCCAUUUCAGCCUUACCUUGUGUUUGAUGUUGGAGAUGGAUCAGAAAGACGGGAUAAUGACUCAUACAUAAAUGUUCAAGAAAUUAAACUGGUGAUGGAAAUAAUUAAGCUUAUUAAAGAGAAAAGAAAGGAUGUUACUUUUCGAAACAUUGGCAUAAUAACCCAUUACAAGGCCCAGAAGACAAUGAUUCAGAAGGAUUUGGACAAAGAGUUUGAUAGAAAAGGACCUGCUGAAGUAGAUACCGUGGAUGCUUUCCAGGGUCGUCAGAAGGACUGUGUUAUCGUUACGUGUGUUAGAGCAAAUGCCAUGCAAGGCUCCAUUGGAUUCCUGGCAAGUUUGCAGAGAUUGAAUGUCACCAUCACACGAGCCAAGUACAGCCUCUUUAUCCUUGGACAUUUAAGGACCCUAAUGGAAAAUCAGCAUUGGAAUUACCUGAUCCAGGAUGCUCAGAAGCGUGGUGCCAUUAUUAAGACCUGCGACAAAAACUAUAGACAUGAUGCAAUGAAGAUUCUGAAACUCAAACCUGUACUACAGAGAAGUCUGACUCACCCCCCCACCAUAGCCCCAGAGGCAUCCAGACCCCAGGGCGGCUUGCCCAGCAACAAGCUGGACAGCGGAUUUGCCAGAACAUCUUAUGCUGCUUCUCUGUACCACACGCCCCCUGACUGUAGUGAAUCUACUGUUACUUCAAAGGAUCUUGAAAGGUCACCUGUUCAGGAGCUCCGAGACCCACGACUGCUUAGGAGGAUGAAUGCUGAAGCCAAAGGAAAAUUCAUCAGGAGUCCACAACCCUCGAGCCCCCAGCGUCUUGGAGCAACACCUCCUGCAGAAGAGCCCGGCUCCCCUGUCACUCAGCAGGGUCUGGGGUGUGGUGUGCAGCAGUCCACUUCUAAAGCAGCCCCUGGGAGCAGCCACAAACCUCAUGUGCAGUGUGAAUCUCCAGCUGCCAGUACUGAUGCUGCAAAUAAUAAGAGAAAAUAUAGUGACCUGGAAGAGGGACUCAGUCACAGGAGAGAGACCAGGGCUCCCAGUGAAGGGGAGCCGGAGAAGCAGGGCUCUGUGACUGAUCACACCCAGAGGAACUCUAGCUGGGACAAGUGGAGACAGGAGAAUGAGGACAGCAGUUCUAAGAAAAGAAAGCAUACGUAGUAAAGCCAGAUGACCCAGACCGUCAGCCACAGCAUCAUUGUAAACUUAGGAGGGCCAGCUGAUGGGACAUCCACAUAAGAUUAUUUUUUCCUUUAAGGAGUUUGUGUGCUGUUGAAAAACAUGAAAAUGCCUCCUAACGCCUGAGCCUGUGGUCAUCUUCAGGACUUAUGUCAGAUGCAAAAGCUUUCAGAGGGCACUUGUGUAUCCGUAAUAACGUCCUUGAAGCUGGAAACUCAAAAUGUUGAUUUCUUGUUCUUCUGUAGACAAGGAGGUCAGACUGGAAUGUUUUGAAUGUUACAAAAGUUCAAGUGUAUAUUUGUAUAGCAAAUAACAAAAUCCUUUUAAAAUUUAAUCUAGUAGGCCACUUUUCUUUCCCCUGUUUAAAAUGUUAAAUCAUUUUCAAUAGAAAAAAACAUAUUUUAAAAAGGCAGGAGGAGGGCAAGUCUUUUCACAACCGUUGCAUGGCAAGACAGUUUGCUUCUGCAGCCUAGCUGAGUCGGUGGUAGGCUAACUUAAAGGGGAAAAAAAAUGGAGUCACCGAGGGAAAACUUUGAGAACAGUUAUGUUAGGAAAGUUCUGCUGAUAGACAUUUUUAGUUGAGACACCUUGUCACUGCUUAGGAGGAUGGGUUUAUUACAUUUCUGUGAUGAGUUUACCUAUUUUAGUACAUACUUGUUCCUUAGCUAAAAUUCUUAACUCUUCUUGAAAUAGAAAGAUAUGAUAGGACAGAGUAAAUCUCGAACUCUCACUCAUAAUACCCUCAGCAUAUGUGACCUUCCUGUGACUGCUGAGAUACAUCUAAAUGAGUGCUGGGCUGGCUUCCGAAGAUUCAGACAAAUCUUAACUAAUUUUCAGGAGAGCUAGGGAAGUUAUGUGUUAAACACUUAAUUCCUAAGGGAUCCUGAUGACCAGGCAGCUUGGGAACCACUGGGGCAGGCCAAUAGAAUAUUUCAAGCAGGAAAGAAACACCCUUUCCCAACAAUGGAGGGCAAAGAGGAGUUUAGUGGGUAGAUUUCCCGUGAACUUAGAAAUCAUUUAACUGACGAAAAUACACUGUUGUUGUGGAAUAUCAAUUGGGUGUUUUCAGCUACUGUUAGAAGCGAUUGUGCUUUUGUGAAAGAAAUUUAGCCAUGGGAUAAGGAAGGGGCUGCCCUAUUUUGUCCAGUUUUCCAAAUACCCACACAGAACGAACUUGGAGUAACCUAAGCUUGUACUCUAGACAGCUGCAGUAACAAAUGGUUUGGAGUGAAUACUGUGUAGCCCAUUAGCUAAUUCAGGGCAGAAAAUUCCCUGAAAUGUACACUAUUCAUUCUCUGUCUUCUGCUUUUUAAGCAAAAAAUUUUGUGUUAGAAAUUCUACUGAAGCAGGUUAGAAAGAGCUUUAACAAAACAGCUUUUAGUUGCUGGAAGUUUGAACGUUCUGUUCAUUACUUGUGCUUCUCCCUUUGGUGUCCAGCCAUCUGUCUAAUGUCGACUGAACACUCCUGAAACUCAGGGAGCAGAUGCCUUCUUAGAGAGCUUUGUCCCAACAGAGCCUUCCUAUUUGCGGGUGAAGAGGUUUUGUCCUUGGCCAUGCAGUUUAAGAAAGCACAGGAGGCGGGUACGGAGUGAGCCCCACUGUGGCUGGGUCAGGCGAGAAAUCUCACUGUUACUUUAAGUUUACUUCCCUGUUAUCUUGGUGAAGUGCUCAGUUUAGCAGAGACUUGUAGUGGUGACUACUUAAGGAAUCUGAAAUUCUCAAAGCUUCUAAAGGAGGCGUGACAAAAAUAGUUGUGGUCAGAACUUCACCCUUUCUGCUCAUAUUAAUAUUAACAUAUGAAUUAAGAAACAGGUUUUCCCCAAAAUGCAUACUGCCACACGCUGAAUAGUACUUUUUCAGCUAAAUUUGGUGCCUCUUGGCUCAUAGCUCACUAGGUCUUAACAAGGAAGAAUUAGGAGAGCUGCCCCAUCCUAACAGAUCGGCCUAUGUCCCUGACAGCCUCUCCCAGCAUAAUGCAGUCUACCUGAUGUUACCUUUGAAACUUGGUUACUACAUUUGGUAAAAGUAUUUGUAGGAAGCAUCUCGUGUACAUUGUGGCCUUUUUGGAUGUGGCUGUCGCAGCCUUGUUGAAUGGUAGUGAAAAGUAUGGCUCUUCGCUUCAUUCUUGCCAUAGCAUUAAAAGAAAGUGCCCUGUCUUUUUUCAAUAUUAGGUAUUUCAACAUGAAUAUAUACUACUUAAAAACUUGUUUUGCUUCUUUGUGUAUAAUCUGCCUUGAAUUUAUUGUACAGUUUGUUUAGUUAUAUAUUUUCAUGGGUUAUCAGGAGUAAAUUUGAUAAGUACAUGUGAAUAACCUCCUGUAAAUGAAUUUUGUAACAAAAAUGUACUAAACUAUUUUCCAAAAUUA